GCGGCCCUGCGCGCAGUGAGGCAGUGGCGGGGGAAGGCACCGGUGGGGCCGACAGGCGGGCUGAGGAGGGAAGCGGGCGAGCGAAGUCCCAGUGCGCGCCGCGGCGGUCCGGGUACCCUCCCCUUCCGGGCGUGAGUCGCUGAGAGGAAAGCCGAGCGGAGCCGACUGGCAUCGGCAGCGAGGUGCUUCUCGGGUCGCUCCAGACCGGCCUCCCGCGGCUUCGGCGCUCCUCCAGUCGCGGGGCCCGGCUUCCUCAACACACCGAGCUCCAGCCACCGUCAGAGCUCGUCUCGGUCCUUCGAAGCCCCGGCGGCAGCCCGGGCUCUUGGCGGGGAGGAUGACGGAGCUGCAGUCGGCGCUGCUACUGCGAAGACAGCUGGCAGAACUCAACAAAAACCCAGUGGAAGGCUUUUCAGCAGGUUUAAUAGACGACAAUGAUCUCUAUCGAUGGGAAGUCCUUAUUAUUGGUCCUCCAGAUACACUUUAUGAAGGUGGUGUUUUUAAGGCUCAUCUCACUUUCCCAAAAGAUUAUCCCCUCCGGCCUCCUAAAAUGAAAUUCAUUACAGAGAUUUGGCACCCAAAUGUUGAUAAAAAUGGUGAUGUUUGCAUUUCUAUUCUUCAUGAGCCUGGGGAAGAUAAAUAUGGUUAUGAGAAGCCAGAGGAGCGCUGGUUGCCUAUCCAUACUGUGGAAACCAUCAUGAUUAGUGUCAUUUCUAUGCUGGCAGAUCCUAAUGGUGACUCACCUGCGAAUGUAGAUGCUGCGAAAGAAUGGAGGGAAGACAGAAAUGGAGAAUUUAAAAGGAAAGUUGCUCGCUGUGUAAGAAAAAGCCAAGAAACUGCUUUUGAGUGAUGUUUAUUCAAUAACUAGUAACUUCACUUAUUUCAGGGUCUCCAAUUGAGAAACAUGGCACUGUUUUUCCUGCACUCUACCCACCUAUUGCUGGACUUCUGUUGUAACAAGUUGGCAAACUCUGGCUGGAACUGGGCUGCAAUAAAACAUGCCAGUCAUUGAUGCUGACAAGAGCCUAACAAGUGCCAACUUACAGAUGAUUACGCAUUUUGAAUUCUAAUGAACUGUUUUAACCUUCAGGAAGAAUUGUAAAGACCUGUACAUAGCACAACAUGAUCCGGAUAAUAUAUAUACUCUUCAUGUACAUCCACAAACACACCUUGUACCAAAUAAUGCUUUCUUGUAGUAGAAUAAGAAUCGUGUAAAUUCUAAAAGACUUUAGCAGGUUUUCUUUUCCCAUUCAUUGUUUCUUAUCAGUUCAAAAAGAUUCCUUUAAAGCAUGUCAGGUGAAAACCAAUAAGGAGUAAACGUUUCCAUAUAAUUUCCUUUAAACCAUUGAGUCUUCAUUACAUUUUUUCCAUUUACUAAUAUUUUGUAUUUCUUUGUUUUAACACACUCCCCUUUCCUUUUAUCUCUUCUAUCUGCCAGAAAAUUCUCAAAUCAUUUAGUUAAAAUACUGAAAUACUAGUAAAUUACUUGAUUUUUUCACGAUGACUUUAGAGGUGGGGUCAUCACUAGGUGCUUUGUCCUUUUUGUACUCUGAUUCACCCAUCUCCUGGAUUGGAUGUAGCAAUAACAUUUUCUGGCUGUUGAGAGCUCUUGAUCCUAGUCCUUAUCUCCUGAGAACUUUAAAAGAAAAAAAAAUGCAAAGUCUGUUCUAAGUUCAACUUAGUGAAAUUUAUUCCAAAUAAUACAAAAAUCCUGUGGGUUUUAUUUUUGCCCUUACAUGCCUAAUAUUAAGCUUGGAUGAAUAUAGCAUGUGCAGCUACAGGCUUUCUACAUCUGGGAUUGCAAUUUAAAAUGCUAUUUGUCCUCUUACCCUUCUCCUUAAUCCUUCAUAUUUCUUUGUUUCUUUACUGCAGAUUUUCCUCACCUAUUGUACAAAGAAAUUGCGAUGUAUAUUUUCAUGUAAUUUGAUUUUGGAAUUUUGUCACCUUAUGUAGUGAGUUCUUCCAAAAUAUAAUUUUUUUCCAAUAA